AUGCCGCGAGACCGGAACCAUGAUGACAAUGAGAGCGUCGAUUCUGGAACCGAUGAUGGCUUUCCGGACCUCAACGCGGAGCAACCAUGGGAGCGAGCUGUUUCUAUGGGAAGCGCUGUUUCUUUUUCACGGCGGGGUGAAAUAAUAGAGGUCGAAAGCGAGGCCAACAGCGCCAUUCGGAACUUAGCGAUUUCGGCAGGGUACUUUCAGCGUGCGGACUCUGUCAGCGCAGAUACUACGACAUUGAGAGGAGAUUCCGCUUUGUCCUCACGUCGCUUCUAUGGCUGCGCCAAGAAGUUGGUUCGCAGCAGGUAUUUUGGGCAUUUCAUGGUUGUCGUCGUGUUGGCAGAUGCUGUUCUAACGGCAACAGACAUUGAUGCCCGCGCAGCUGGUGGGCAAACACCCCCUGCCGUGAUUGCAGCUUCAUCCGUGUGUUUGGGCUUAUACACGGUGGAGCUUCUUUUGCAACUGCUCGUUCGAGGCACGCGUAUUAUCCGAGAUUGGUUGACAAAGCUGGAUGUCAUCAUCAUUGCAUCUGGGUACGCAGAGCUGCUUCUGGGUAUGAUGAUCGAUGUGGAUUUUUUGAACACGAUUGGGAUCGUCCGCAUAUUAAGAUUGAGCCGGAUCCUUCGCUUGAUGCAGCUAAUGCGCAAGAACCGAUCAUUGAAAGAAUUGCGCAAGCUCGUAACGAUGCUUGCAACAUGCUUGAAAACAUUGGUUUGGUCAUUUUUAUUCUGUUUUUUGGUGACGACUGGCUGGGCAAUGCUUGUGGUGGAGCUUAUAAACCCCUACGUGCUCGAAAUGCAAAAAAUGGAGCCCUUCGACACCUGCCCUCAAUGUGUUCGAGCCACGUCAUCAGUUAUGCACGCCAACUUGAUGCUCUUCAAGACGGUGAUUGCAGGAGACAGUUGGGGCCUCAUUGCUGUGCCCAUGAUCGAGAAGCAUCCCGAGACAGCUAUCAUCUUCGUGGGGGCAUCCUUGACCUUGGUUUUCGGGGUUUUGAACUUGAUUGUCGCCGUUGUCGUCGACACAUUUGCGGAAACACGCGAAAACGAUGUUGUGAAUUUGGCGCAAGAGAUGGAGUUCAGCAUGGAGGAUGAUCAGCACUUGCUGAGAAAGAUUUUUCACAGGCUUGACACCGACAAGAACGGCGAGCUGACUUUGGAAGAGCUACUCCAUGGAGCACGAACAGAUGCUGAGUUUCAAAGCAGGCUGCGGGUCAUGGACAUUGAUGAGGUGGACUUGCAACAGUUUUUCGACAUGAUCGACCUGGAUGGCUCUGGAUCCAUCGAGGCCGAUGAGUUUGUGAUUCCUCUCAGCCGCUGGGUGCACGAUUCCAAGACCGCACCUCGAUUCAUCAAGUACAACUUGAUGCGUGCAAUGGCUCAGCAGGAUCAGCUGCUUAAAUACUCUCAAAAGAACUUCACGGAUUUGUUCGAGCAGCUUCAGGGCCUGGCGCUUGCCGUCGAGGGCCGUGCCAAGCACUCAAAAGUGCAUCGGCGGCCUUCAGACAGCAAGGCGCAGCAACCGUGUGCCUCCAAAGGCGUCAAGUUCGUCGCUUUUGAUUCAGAAGCAUCACAAGCGUCUGUCGCAUCAAAGGCAAGUUUGCCGGAGGAAAUCCCGGACGCCGCUGACAAACAUGUACAUAAUGGCGUGGGCCAGCCAUGUGGAUCGCUCCAAAGCCAGCUUGACCACCUGAAGGCUGAUCUUGAGGCCUCUUUGCAGGCAGCUGUCAAGGUACUGGACGGCUGCAUCAAGACCGUGAGCUUGCCGUCCAUACCGGCGUCGAUGAAUGGCCAAGACAGUUCUCCACAAGGGAGUUUGGCGAGGACUCAAGUUGGAGGUACCUUCUCCGCAGUUGCCGUUCCAGCCGGGAGUUUCGAUGUGGCCAGUGACAAAUCGCCAGGGCCUUUGAUCACAGCUUCAAGUACAGGCGAAAUAGCCAGAAGCAAUGCUUUGACAUCAAUUCGCACCAUGGAAGUUUAG